GCGCAGGACAACAACUGGUUUGACAGAAGGUUUGAACGUUAAGUUUUUAUCAGUAAGAUUUAGCUGAACAUAUCAACAUGUAUUUACAUUGUUCUUGGACUUAACACCGCGAGAAGACGAGAGAAGACGGUAAAGUAUGAACGUGUUUGCUGUAAAGUCUUCAGGUUUGAUUUGCUUUGGAUAUACUUUUGAUAUGUGAAACACAUGGAAGUGCUGGAUCCCGCUCAGCUUCGUGUCACUCACCUUCACCUCGGUCUCGUUAUGAUGGAGAACUGGAAAAAUGGACCAACAAGCUUUGACAUCAGCUCUCUCUUCAUAAAGUUUUAUAUCAGCGUUGCCAUAAUUGUUCAUUAUUGUCAGGAUGCAGAGGUUUGUAUGUUUUUUUAAACCAAUCUGUAAGGCUAUAAUAACUCAGAAUAACUUAUAAUAACUAUAUCAAACUCAGUGCCCCUAAUCAUCAUUGUCAUCAUCACCACUGUUAUGUCUGUUGUCCUUUCAUAACAAUAAUAACACUAUAAGUAAUAUUCUAUAUAUAUACAUAUAAAUGUCAAAACACUUAUCGUUUCUAAUGUCCACAGGUGAUACUGUCAUUUGUUUAGUUAAGCUGUGGUAGUCCUCCUGAUCCGAAGCAGACCAGCAUGCAGAGUGACAUGAAGAAGCCCUUGUUAGCCAGUUCUGCAUCUGCUGCCUCAGAGCCACUGUCCCGGGGCCCUGGAGGUCCAGUGAUCGGCAUCAUUGGCUCUGGAGACUUCUCCCGGUCCCUUGCGAUCCGGCUGUUGGCCAGCGGUUUCAGGGCGGUGGUGGGCAGCCGCGACCCGACCCGUAUUUCCAGGGAUCUGUUUCCUGAUGGGGUGGAGCUGCGAUCACAGAGGGAGGCAGUGGAGCGCGCGGAGAGGGUGGUGUUCGCUGCGGUAUACCCCGAGCAUUAUCACACCCUGGUGGGGCUGAGGGAGCGGCUGGCCGGGAAGGUGCUGGUAGAUGUUAGCAGUGCCUCCAGGCUGAACAGUGGAGAGCAGUCAAAUGCAGAGAGUCUGGCUGAGCUAUUCCCAGAGAGCAGGGUGGUGAAGGGCUUCAAUGUUAUCUCUGCAUGGGAGAUGCAGACUGGAUUCCAUGAUGGAGGCAGGCAGGUCCUGAUCUGCGGUGACUGCUCCGACUCUAAAGCCGCUGUGCUCCACCUGGCUCGUUGCAUGGGCUUCGGCCCUAUGGAUCUCGGGGGUCUGCGUAGAUCCAGAGACAUUGAAGAAGUCCCACUCAGUCUCUUCCCUUCCUGGGGAGGCCCCAUCUUGGUCACCUUCGUUCUCUUCCUCUUCUUCUAUGGCUACAACUUCCUGAGGCACAUACUGCUGCCCUACCUCGAUCAAGGAGAGAACAAUUUCCACCAGCUCCCAUUGGUGACGUUCAAUGAGACACUGCCGGUGGUUGCCCUGGUUACACUGGCUUUAGUCUAUCUACCAGGGCUGGUGGCAGCUGUCCUUCAGCUGGGGAGGGGGACCAAAUAUAAGAGAUUUCCACACUGGUUAGACCUCUGGCUGUGCAGGCGGAAGCAGCUCGGCCUGCUGAGCUUCCUUUGCGCUUUGCUCCAUGCUGUGUACAGUAUGUGUCUGACGCUGCGGAAGGCUGCAGGGUACACACUGCUCAAUGCAGCGUACCACCAGGUGAAAGCUGGUGUUGAAAACUCGUGGGUGGAACAGCAGGUGUGGAGGUCUGAUCUUUAUCUGUCCUGUGGAAUUCUGGGAUUUGGAGUCCUCUCUCUGCUGGCUGUUACCUCUCUGCCCUCUGUGGGAAAUGCCCUCAGCUGGAGGGAGUUUACGUUUGUUCAGUCAGGACUUGGUUAUGCUGCCUUAACUUUAUCCAUCAUGCACACUCUCUUCUUUGGCUGGGACUUUGCUUUCUUCCCUGUGGCCUACCCUUAUUACCUGCCACCAGCGUACCUGCUGGCCCUCAUUCUGCCCUGCAUGGUCCUGAUCGGACGGAUGUUCUUGGCUUUGCCGUGCCUGACGCUAAGACUGGCAAAGAUCCGCAAGGGCUGGGAGAGUGCAAGACACCGGACCCCAAAAAACCAGGAGCUGGGUUCAAAUGAAGAGGAUCCUCCUCCAAACUUCAGAGAUGUUUAAUAUUCGAGGUUGUAAGGGAAAGAAAUCUGGACAGCCCAGAUGUGUCUUUUAUCUUUGUGAGAGUCUAAAUUCUUUCUCUUCUUCUGGACUUUGAGAGGCUGUAUCUGGACAUUUCUUCAUGACUGCUACUUUUCAGCGCUACACUAACAAGAAGAAAGGAGGCACACUCAGUGAGAGAGAGAGUGAUCUAACAUGUCCAUGAUCCUGGUGUAGCCUUCAUUCUGGAGUUAUGACUUUUAAAAGCAAGAUUUUGUAAAGUUUAUUCUUAGAAAAUCAUUUUGCAGUUAAUAGCAGGCAAGAAAGUCUAGAAAUUUACACAGAGAGCAUCACUGUCACUCCUCUCAUCAUGACAUCAUGUCCUGCUGGACGCUGAACUGAGACAGCAGAGUGACAGGAUUUGGACAGGAUGUUUGUUACGAAAGUGACUCAGUUGCUACUGGACAUGUCUGUCUGGACAUUUGACUUCACAUGUCACGUAACAUACAUACGCUGAUUAUUUUCUGAAUUGUUUCAGAAAACAUCUUCAGACGUCUUGUUUACUUUGACCAACAGUCAACCAGAGAACAUUUCUCAUUUUGGUUUUAUACUUAAAAAUCUAUUAAUGAUUAAUUCAUUAUCAGAAUUGUUAGAGAUUAAAUUUUGAUUGACUAAUCAGUUAAUCAAUUAUCCAUUUCAGCUCCAAAGUUCACACACAAAAAACAGAAGGUAACAUUUUUUUUUCCCUGAUCAGUGGUAGUAAUUACAGAGAUAACUGAUUCUGAGGCAGUUGUUGUAGUUACGAAUUGUUUUGAGUUGGUUAUUAAUUUCCAGAAGAAUUUCCCUGAGAGGAGUCCUCCAUGUGAGCCCAAGUAAAUAUUUAUUCAGCAUUCCGUUAUUAUAGAAAAUGUUGAUCUCCAUAUGUGUUGAAUUAAAUGAGUGUUUGUUGACAUAGCUGACCUGCUGUGUAGCAGUUAAAAUGUGGUAUAUGAUCAGUCUUUAAUUUAGCUAUAAUUAGUGCCAUAAUGUGGCACCCAUGUGGCCCAGGGAUUAAGGUACUGAGCCUGAACCACAAUCCUGGUUUGAGUCUGUCCAGGCACCUUCAGUUCUCUUUCUGUCCCCUCAUUUCCUGGAUUGUCACUAUAAAGGAGUAAAAUGCCCCACUGCUCAACUUCCUGCAGAAAUUGUAUGUAUUGUAUUUAAAAAGGUCUGACAACACAGUUGUAAAAAGUAUGGAUUUAAAGGUGCAGGCUGAGUGCACACAGGAAUCACUUCUGACAUACUGCUCAUUCUUUGGCAUUGAAGUUUUGGUUUAUGAAAAGUUAAGAGGAUCAACUUUAAUACACAUCUCAUCCUGAAUCUCAUUUUAAAUCGUUUCAUGUGUAGUUUUCUGUUCAGAAACUCAUUUCUGCAGUAAGGAACUGAUCAUUGUGGAUCUGAUCUGAUCUGUUCUGAUCAGGGUCGUUUUUCUUUGUAUGUAUCCCCCUCUAGCAUGGCUGAAACUUCCUCAAAUGCUUUAAACAUUUUAAAACAUCAUCAUAUAAACAGAAUGCUAAUUGUGUGAUAUAAGAGAUAAAUGACUAUUGACUGAAUUUGUGAAAAUGGACUACUAAUAGUGCAGCCCUGCAAUAAAUCCUGUCUUUGUGAUGUUCACCAGUUUCUUGUUGUGCCUUGAAUACAGUCAUUCAGCUCUGCUCAUUUUGGAGGCCUGUGAUGCUGCUGCUCUAAACCACUGAUGAAAAGCUGUGACUUGGCCUAUGUACGCUUCUGAUGCUCAACUAUGUACAAUGGAGACUCAGUGUACUCGGACGGUUACACUUUGUUUUUGUUCUUCAGGCUCUGAGCUUCAGCACAUU